UGAUUUUGACACAUCUGCCAAAGGAAAAAUAUUUUUCUCCGCACAAAAGUCGUCCCUGGGAGUCCCUCUUUUUCUGCGUACUUUCUGGAGCUCUUCUGACCACCUUCGUCGGGCGAAGGGCUAUGCUUUGGUGCGCGGUGGCGUCGCCCCAGACAGCCGACAUUCCAUCGCAGUUGAAUUAGUGUGAGAAAUCUGGUGGGACUGUGGUGAAAAAAGUAUGAGUAUCAUCGUAUCCAUAAGUGACUUGGUGACGGCAAUUUGUGUGACUCUCCUGCUAUCAAUUGUGAUAGUUCUCGCAUGGAAGUCCACCAAUGUGCGUGAGGACCACCUGUCUGCCGCGGUGCUAGUGAUCGAGAACAGUCGCCGACGCCUGAUUGAGCGCAUCCACCAGUUCCAGUAUCAGCAGCCCCACACUUCUGGGCGCAGCACAUCGCAGCAGUCCAACCACUCCAGUGCCACUGAGGAGGUAGACUUGGAGAACGACUCCUCGGCACCGGAUGACAGUCUGACCAACACGCCGAGUCUGGAGGAGGAGAAUCACUUCAACGUACUUGCAGAGCGCCAUGAGCGCUUCCUGAGCCAGGCAGAGGAGAUCAUUGAGAGCCUCGAGGGCCCAGACGAGAUAAUCCGCGAGAUGGACGACAUGACUGACGGCAUUCGCCACAGACAUUGGCGCCAGGACGACUCAGCGCCGCCCGGCCAAGCCUCCGGCGCAGCCGUCGAUGUGGCUGGCAACUCUGACGCCACCUCUCGCACCGGCAGCGCCCCCAAGAGUCCCGAUCCCAGCGACACGUCCACCAUUGACAACUGCACGAACGAGAACAAUGAGAACGACAUAUCAGAGGGUGCCAGAGAUGCGGGCGCGGCGUCAGAAGUGCCGCCCAGUGUCGCCAUGAGGAUCAAGCUCAAGUACUUGGAUGAUGUGCAGCGCACGGUUCAGGGACGGCCCACGGAGGCGAUUGGGGAUUUCAAGAGACGCAACUUCAGUGUCGAACUGGCGGCUGACAAACUGGUGCGUUUGGUCUUCAACGGACACGUCCUGCAGCCAGACUCCAAGACGCUCCAGGCGUGCGGUCUCUUCGACAACUGCGUCGUGCACUGUCUCAUCCACAAGAAGCCCACCACUCAGCCAGGCGGCACGGACAACGGACAAGCUGCAGAAGUUAAUGAAAAUAACACUCCUGGCAUCGCACAGCGACCACAGCAACGGAGGAAUGACAGACUACGAGACACUGGCUCGAGAUUCGUCUCUGCCAGUCUCUUCCUCCUCAAUCUGGUCAUCGUCCUCUCGUGGUACUGUCGCUAUCAGUACGGAUCUCUGUUCACCUGGUACUCCACAAUUGGCCUCGCUAUUAUGACUCUGAUCAUCGUCAUCAUGCUCCCCGUGAUGGUGCUGAUCAACCGUGAAGUUCCAGCCGCCACUUAAGUCCCUUUUCUGCGCCUGUUGUCACACUCCUCCUUCCUGUGCAUUACACGUGCGUGUGUGUGUGUGUGUCGACGUUUUUAAUUUGUCCUCCGCGCCUCACAUUUCUGGGCAUAUAUACAUAUGAAAAAAUAGAGAGAAGGAAGAGGAGCAGGAAAAAAAGAAACAAGAAUUCAACCCUAAAAGAGAGUAAAAUGUUGUGUAAAUACAUAAAAUUAAAAAAAUAUAUAUGAAUUAUA